CGCUUCCACGUCAUAAAGAGUCCAGAUCCCAGAGGAAAUGACCGGGAAUUUGGAAGCAGCGGUGUCUUCCCAUCUCAGUUGCUCCGCAGUCCUGAGUCUCUCCCUUCUCGUGCGGCUUUUCCUCGUGUUCGCCAUCUGUCACCUUGCUUGUUUCUGUCGCCUUAUUCGUUCGACAGUUUCGUGAGAGAGACGCGCUGCUUCCUUGCAGCAGCGACUUCAUGUCCUUGACUUUUCAAAAUACUGUUCCCUUCCGUUUUCCAAAGAGGCGACACAGACAGACAAGCUUGGAUACGCAUUGGAGUUCCCUGGUCCCGCUUCUGUUCUGUAGACUUUUUCACCGGGAUUUUCUCAAACUUUAUCGACUGUGUGCGUCGCCCCUCGCCGUUUUUCGCGAGAGGGCAAGCUGCAGCCUGAACUACGCGAAACCUGAGGCACACACCAGGCGCUUCUCAACUUCGACCACGCUGUCGCCUUCCACCGCAUAUCCAUCGACAGUUUCAAUCAUAUGAAUAUCUCUGCAUGAUUACGCAAAUAGAUAUGUAUAUGCAUGUUUGUGUGAAGGACUAUGCAAUUGAAUAAAAACAAAAGUAUGCAGACAUCGAUGCACUGCAUAUCCACGUCUGUAUCUGCACACAGGUAUCUAGAUGUCUGUGUAUGUGGGAAGUUAGAGCCUGACCUGUAUAACUGAUCCUCACCGUGGAUGCACAGCUGGGUGUCGUUACUCUUCGUACGGUUUCGUCUGUACCAAUGCUUGUGUCCGUGCGAAUGCAGCUCUCUCUGUGAGUAGGUCAGAGGUUCACGGGUGCGUCGCCUCACUCCUGGCAGUCAGGUGUCUUUCCUGCUCCUGACCCUUCAUGACGCGCAAUGGAUAACUACGACUGUCCGGUGUGCUACGAAAGUUGUUACUUCCAUCCAGAGCGGAAACUUUUCCAUUCCGAUGUCUGCAAACACCGAAUUUGUGGAUCUUGUCUGCACAUUCACUUUGGAGAAAAUGGCGCGCGCGGCGAGAGACGUGGCUUCUGUCCAGUCUGCCGCACCAGCCUGACUCGCGCAAACUACAAGGAAACCGAUCCGGACAUGGAAGUCCUGGAGACCGAAAAAGAAAUCCGAAGACGCGUAGAAGCGAUCUACAACUCAACACGGGAGAGAUUUCCAGACACGCCUGCCUACGACGACUACCGUGAAAAGAAAGAAGACAUCGUAUACCAACUGGUCAGUGGAUCAGAUGAGGCUGUGAAGAGGAAGUUGGAGGCGGAGCUGCGAGCGUAUGAGAGACAGAACUUGAAACUGAUUCAAGAAAACAAGGAGGAACGCAAACAACGCGAGAAGGAAAAGAUUUUCCAAAUCGUCCAGAGAGAAGGCAUCUUCUACGAAGUCGUCAAACGACGCCCCGCCCUUUCCAGAACUACUGUCGACAAAGAACAACUCGUUCACCCCCUCGAGCGACAGUACGCGCCUUAUUUCCAGAAGGAAGAGACGACGACAGUUGCAGUGAGGGCGGAGAGUGGAGAGACAGCUCGCCCCCUGAAUCCUUCCAUCAAAGAUGAUGCAGAUGUGCCACGUCCGCGAUACAAGAAUCGCGAGCAAUUUGAAAAAGCAGAACUCGCCAGCGGCUAUGCACCUCAGACGGUUUUUGCCAAGGGUCUCGCAGAACUUGUCGGCUCUGUUCGGUUCCUUCUCCAAGGGAAGCAAAGAUCCGCGUAGAAACUGUCGCGACAAACGCCAGCUGGCUCGCGCGCCGCUUGCAUGCGGGCCUUUGUAUGUGUGUGUACAUCUGGGUGGCGAGAUUGUAAAUCUGCGUCACACUCAGCGCACAUUUCAACGACGAAUAUGCAGUUUAUGUAGACAGCUAUGCACGGAGAGAUACCGCGUUUUCUCUGCAUGAAAACGCAGCUCUAAUCCCUCCCCUUUGUGGCUCUCCGGCAAAACGCGCAGGUAAUUGGUUGUACGGAAUUUUCGGGGGUCUUCAGCCGUUUGCCUUUCGUCGGCAGAGCGAGCAGCUCGGUCGUCGAAAGUGGAAACGCUUCCCUGGCUCCGCGUACCCCGUUCUGAAAAGCGCGUUGUUCCUUUUACUUCAGUGCAUUCAAAAACUCGAGGAAGCGUCAAUGAGACAGUUUUGCGUGUUUUCCCGUUUUGCGCUUCCGGAAAAGUGGACUUCCGUGACUGUGGAGUCGUUGUGAGAACGCCCUUUUGCGACGUAGGUAUCUAUCCUCGGCAUUAUUAACGUACAUUGUGAGUGGGCAAACAUUUCUCCUUCAGCCAGAUAACCGAGAAGCGACAGAGCUGGCGCAAAUUCUGGGUUUCAAAGGAGGCUUCGACGAGCUACCAAGCCGCUCCCUGACUGUUGCGAAACAUCUCCGGAGACAGAGGGAACAAGGCGGCCUCGAUCUCGCGCAAAAAAUAGCAACGGCAGUAGAAAUCGGCGCCGCGAAAGGCAGCGAAGGAAACAGGAAAGAGACCAGGAGACAGACAGAUCUUUAGACAGGGAUCGGGUGGCAAGAAGAGACAUGAAUACGGACGCAGAAAGGACGAGUUUUACACCAGGAGACAGAGAGACAGAAAGAGCAAAGUGAUUUUUAUAGAGUGCGGAAGUGACGCAGAGACACGGACAACAGAGACAGAAAGAUGAAGAAGGAGCAAAACAGAGAGAAGACAGGAGAAGCGAUAGAGGAGAAGGGGUGGCUGCAGGGAUUGUGGACGCGCUACCACAUCUACGGGGACGACUGAAAUCUCUCCCCUGUGCUACACUUAUAGUGCUAUUCUUGAAAACAAAGCUCUUCUUUCUCACUGCCAGUUGCUCGCGGCACAGCAGAAGGCAGACACAAAGACAGGCACACAGCAGCCUGCUUGCUGGCACAAGGGUCGCAACGAAUGUGCCUACACGUGUGCUAGUUGCCGCGAGGAACCUUAUGUCCACUUUACAGAAAAACAGCGACGACCGGUGUCUCGAUUCGCAUAUGCGCGCCACGUCUGAGCUUCUGAAAUCGGUUCCCGCAAUUGCAUGCCCCGG